GCAGAGCAGUGAAAAUGUUUCGGUUCAGUAUUAUUUUUUUGGUACUGAGUUCUUCCUCAAUAAAUGGCGAUUACUACUCGGCUAUAAGUGAGCUGGAGAAACUUCUUGACGUGGAGGCCUUUAUAGUAGAAAAGUUCGAUGAGUAUCUAAAUAGAGCUCAGGAAGAACAGGAGAAUAUCAAAAGAUUUUUGGAUCACGUAGACGAGUUGCAAAAUGAUCGUGGCGAUCUCGAGGCUUACUUUGGUAAUCCUCUCAACGCCUUUAUAACCAUUAAACGUCUUGUUCACGACUGGAAGUUCAAUGUUUUUGAUCCCGUUUUCGAAACUAGUAACUUUGAGACCUACAAGAGUUCUCUAAGCGAAUCUCUGGAGAAGAUUCAGUUCAAAGGACCCACUCAGGAGGAUCUGCAAGGUGCGACUCGUGGACUUCUUCGACUUCAGAAUGUCUAUCAAUUACCUACGGAUCAAUUGGCCAAUGGAGUUUUACUUCCUGAGGAGAAAAAUCCAUUGGGCACCUCUUUGAGUGCCAGUGAUUGUUUUGAAAUGGGAAAGAAUCUCUGCCAGAUUAAGGAGUACUCCUAUGGUUCCGAAUGGCUAAUGGAGGCCAAAAAAAGAUCGCAUGGCAAAGAUCUGGGUUUCAUUUCCCCCAAUGUAAGUGAUGUCGAGAUUCUGGAGCAGCUAUCACCCGCUUUCAAUGCUUUGGGCAAUCUUAAACUGGCUCACAAGCUGAAUAAUGAAAUACUGGAUAAGAAUUCUGAACAUGAAGAUGCGCUGAGAAACAAGAUAGUGUAUGAAAAUAAGUUGGCUAAGGAACGAAGUCUUAGUCCUGGAAAGAAAGAGGAUUUAAACCAAUCGAAGGAAAAUGAGCAAAAAGAGAGCUACCAGCUUUAUAAACGCGUUUGUCAAGGAGAACUCACCCAAACUCCUCGAGAGCAGCGCAAUCUCAAGUGCUGGCUAAGCCACCAAGGAGUCCAUUACUACCAUCUUUCGCCUUUCAAAAUAGAACAACUAAAUCUGGAUCCAUAUGUGGCCUAUGUUCAUGAGGUUUUGAGGGAUAGUGAAAUGGAAUUGAUUAUGGAUCAUGGCAAGGGUAACAUGCAGCGUUCGAUGGUGGGACAAGUGGAGAACUCCACCACAACUGAUAUUCGCACCAGCCAAAACACCUGGCUUUGGUAUGAGCAGAAUCCCUGGCUUUCCCAGAUCAAACAGCGACUCGAGGAUGUCACCGGUUUGAGUACGGAAAGUGCGGAGCCACUGCAGCUGGUUAACUACGGAAUUGGAGGACAAUACGAGCCGCACUUCGACUUCAUGGAUGGCGAUGGUCAUUCUGUUUUUGGUUGGAAAGGCCACCGCCUCUUGACCGCUCUUUUCUAUCUAAACGAUGUCGCGCUUGGUGGUGCCACUGCUUUCCCCUUUCUGAGCUUGGCAGUUCCACCUGUGAAGGGCAGUCUUCUGAUCUGGUACAAUCUACAUAGAUCCAUGCACAAAGACUUUCGAACAAAGCACGCAGGUUGUCCCGUUCUUAAGGGUUCCAAGUGGAUUUGCAAUGAGUGGUUCCAUGUGGGAGCCCAGGAAUUCAGACGACCUUGUGGACUCAUCAGCAAUGAAGGAAAAUUCCUGGACUUAGAGCAUAAAUAAGGCUAACAAAUAAUAAAAUAUUUACCUGCAACAUUAUCAUUUCAUAAUAAAUACCUUAACUGGUUAUUAAGAAUCCAAGAGAUACAUAA